GAACUCAUGUGACACAACAACACGUGAGACAAAUGUUAUGCAAUUGUAUUGAUUUGAAAGUGAUUUGAAUUGCGAUCACUAAUUGGGUCCCAAAAGUGAUGACCAAACCAUUGAAAUGCCGAUUAUUUCUGGAUUCAUACGAAACACGAAUCGCUUUAUACGAAAGUAUCCAUAAUUUGCCACAAAUUCUUCAAUUAAUGCAAACAAACGACAACUUGUGUCUCAUCAACGCUAAGACCGUCUUUGAUGUCAAUCACCUCUUAUGUGCGAUCAAUAAAUCGAUUGGUUAUAAAAUGAUUGACAAAUUGAUUACAAAACAAGUGAAUAAAGAGAUUCUCUUCAGUUUAAGUUUGUCUAAAAAUAUCACAGACAGUCUGAACACGUUUGGAGUGAAGCCGAGUGACCACACGUUGCCUAUAAUUGCCAUAAGUGUGGAUCAAAUCAACGACACCUUAAAUACAUAUUUUUUCGAUCAAAUUGACGGCAAAGCGCUUCCAAUAGAGUCACUCAAGUGUUUGCGCGACGACUCUCUUAUCGAUCGUAUAUAUAAACUGAAGGACACGUCGAGUGAAUCAGAAAAAUGGGAUCUAAUUGUCUCACGACUCGCCACCAAAGAUAUCAUUUGAAUUGUUUGUAUAAAACUUAUAUUUUAUAAAAACAUUAAAUUAACCAUUCAUUAAAUGUUAA